CCGCCAGCCGCUUGGCCGAGUUGCGUCCUGCCCAUGUCGGGGGCGCCCCGCUCCACGAGAGCAUGCGCCCUCUCAUCGUGAAAUGGGGGUCGGACGCGGCUUUGAAGUCCAACGACGUGGAAAGCUGCGUCGACAAGGCCGCCAAGGCCAUCGAGGCGCUCGGCGACGUCGAGGUGUUCGAGAUGGAAAUGGCGUUCCAGACGGUGCAGCAGCAGCUCCUCUCGCACAAGAGCUGCAUCGACAAGGUUUCCGGUAGGGGCGCCUCAACCAAGCGCGCCGAGAAGCGCCAUUGGCGUGACCGGCGGAACCGAGCGCAGAAGGUGUACGAGAAGACCAACGUUCCUGAGUCUCUGGCGAAAGUGCUGGCCGACCAGCUGUGCGCGACGCACUCGGGCCCCCAGAAGUUCGGCAUCCGCCUGGCCUGCUUGUCAGAGGAGCUCGCCGUGCCCAACGGCGCCGCCAGGUCGGCCUUCGCUUUCCCCCGCAUGAUCACGUGCAACGGUUUCGCGGACGGCAGCGGCGCGCCCGCGGGGGCCACGCGCUGGCGCGAGGAGUGCCGCAAGAUGAUCAAGGACAACAUCGCCGCGUGCAACCAGAAGAAG